AUGCCGCUGUGUCUCACUUUCAUCGAUUUGAAGAAAGCCUUUGAAACAGUUGAGACCGGAGCGGUCAUGGAGGCCUUGGACAACAAAGGCGUCCCUACUCCAUGCAUAAAGAUACUUCGUGAGUUCUAUAGCAACUUCACGACCACAAUUUCAACAUUUUACAAUGAUGUCAUAAUCGACGUGAAGAGAAGGCUGAACCUGGACAAGACGAUGUUUAUGAGGAACGGAUGGGUUUCUGAUGCCCCAUUCACGCUCAACGGUACGAACAUAUCCGAAUGCUUGAGCCCUGUAUAUCUAGGAUGGGAAAUCAACAUAAUGAACAACCUGACCUCCGAGCUGGGCAAAAGUAAACGAGCGGCUUGGGGAGCAUUCAAGAGCAUCGAGGAUGUAGUGAAGAGGACCAAGAACAUCCGGCUCUGUGCUCACCUAUUCAACACCUCCGUUCUUCCUGCUCUGACCAGAAACAUAGGCGUCUCGCAAGCCGGAGGAAAAUGCGAUCAGCGUCAUGGAACGCGGAAUUGA